UUUAUGUUAUAUUAAAAAAAAAAGGUAAAUUAUACGAAAUACUAGUUAAAAUUUACCAGACGCGCGAGUGUUGCGAAAGUGUUGCGAUAGUAACGUGUAGUAUAAUAGUAACUUUAAAAAGCAUAUAACAUUACAUCAUAUUAUUUUGACAAACGGUAAAAACUAGAAUAUAAAUUUUGUAUAAUAGUCAUUAUCGUUACGAUCUACCUUUAGUUUAACUUAUUUUCGUGUUUUUCUUAAUUACUACACUCAUAAUAAACUUUUACUUUUUUCCUACAGACAAAACUAUUCUGAAAGAUGACAAGAAAAAGAAUUAGUGGGUCUAAUACUACAUCAUCAGUAAGAAGGUCAGCUCGCAUUAAACGCGACGAACCUAAAGAAGAACAACUUUCAAAUGAAGAAGCUGUUCAAGAAGUUUCUUCUGAAAAUGAAGAAGCUCAACCUAAACCUUCAUUACCUAAAAAACGCACCAAG